CGAGCCCCCGCCCAGCUGACCCGCCGCUCUCCCCCUAGCUCGCUGCGGGCCCCGGCGCGCAGGGCCGGGCAGCCGCCAUGUCGGGCCCGUUCGAGCUCUCGGUGCAAGAUCUCAACGAUCUGCUCUCGGACGGCAGCGGCUGCUACAGCCUCCCGAGCCAGCCCUGCAACGAGGUCACCCCGAGGAUCUACGUGGGCAACGCGUCUGUGGCUCAGGAUAUCCCCAAGCUGCAGAAACUGGGCAUCACCCAUGUCCUGAAUGCUGCUGAGGGCAGGUCCUUCAUGCAUGUCAACACCAAUGCCAACUUCUACAAGGAUGCCGGCAUCACCUACCUGGGCAUCAAGGCCAACGACACGCAGGAGUUCAACCUCAGCGCCUACUUCGAAAGGGCUGCAGACUUCAUUGACCAGGCCUUGGCUCAAAAGAAUGGCCGAGUGCUCGUCCACUGCCGUGAGGGUUACAGCCGCUCCCCGACUCUUGUCAUCGCGUACCUUAUGCUGCGGCAGAAGAUGGACGUCAAGUCUGCCCUGAGCAUGUUGCUAUUCCUAGACCCGAAGGAGGAAGCUGGCCAGUGACAGCGCGAGUGCGUGGGUGCAUGUGCGGGUGUGCCUCUCGGAAACGAAUGGUCCCAGGCACACACCCUACCCACUUACAGGUGCCAGUGGAGGGUCCCUGGAGAGACUCAGAGACAUGGCAGAGUGGCCAAAUGGAUCCUUUAUUGGUGGUAGAGCAAACAAACAAACAAAAAGAAACAACCUUUUAAAAGACUUUUUAAAGAUGGUAUCAGAAUGCACUAGCACUCACGUGUGUGCACAUUUGCCAGAAUAUAGGAGUUGUGUUUUGGACACAGUCUUGUUAGGACUUUAUGUUAUUGUUGUCACGAAAAGUGGUGAAAUGUUGGUUAUAUUCAGGGUCACUCUGGGCAGAGAGGUGGUCCACAGCCAUGCCCUUGGCACCCAGCACAUGGGUGUCUGAGAAAAGUUUGUGGAAUUAAACUCUUUUUGAGCACCAAAUAUAUAUAUAGGGCAUUGUUCUGGCGGGUGUAUCAGACUCCCAGAAGCCUGAAUUCAUGGUAGGAUUACUUGCAAGGAUUUGCAAAGGAGUCUUACCUGAACUGAAAGAAAUAUCAGGGACUUUUGUUAACUAUUUAAAAUUCAGUUUUAAAUUUAGAUUCAGAUUUAGAUUCAGGCAGUGUUAAUAUGUCAAGGUGGGGAAUGUGCCUUUUUCAGAGUUGACCAGGAGCUCCCAGCCAGGACAAAGAGAAGCAGGUGUGCUGCAAGUCCCCACUUCCAGGUGUGAAGAUCUCUGAUGACACAGGAGUGGCCCUGUGCAGCCUGGACGUUCACUGUCCCCUUUUCUGUGUGACCACAGCAGCCCUGAACAACUAGGAUCUGUCUUCUUUUCCAGAUAUGGGGCUGUCCAGGCAGAUCCACUAAGUGAGAUGGCCAUCCUCUAAACUGUGUGCCUCAUGUCACAGUUUUCAGGUAGCCUUCCUGCUUAAUCUAGCUUGAGCCUCACAAUAACCCUGUAAAGUGGGUAGAACUUAUUCACAUAUUGUGAUCUUUUAAAAAAAAUAAAAGGGAACUGGGUUUCAGAAUGAUUAAGGGUAUGGCCCCCAGGGUUGUCCGGCUCUUUAAGGCAGAGCAGAGGCAAGAGUUCAGGUUUGCCGCUCCCUGAAGCUAGAUUCUCUCUUUAAUACAAUACUCCUCAAGAAAUGAGCUCCCCGGGAGUAUCCAGCUAUGCUGCACAUGCCCUUGACCCAGCCUUGCAGAAGGAAGUAAAAAGGGUGGGUCCCCAAUUGGGUUAGAAUGUGCAGCUCUUGUUCCAGGCGACAUGUAGCACCCCUAAGUCAGAGCCUUCUGCUCUGCUCCUGGAGGAGGCUCUGGGGCUGGGGCUCCCCUCCCAUGCCCAGGUAAUGGUCACCCCACAGGACAGCCACAGCUACUUAGGUGAACACAGCAGUUUGGUGUGGCUGGUUCACUAGGACCUCCCGAAGGCCUCUUUGUGUGGGCAUAAGGGAGAAAAAGCCAUUGGGCGAAUUACUGCCUUUCCUUUGGGACUACUUUUACGUGGAUAACUUAGGAUUUCUUGAUAGUUUUUCAUCCCAGAAACCUCAUAUUUGCUUUACAAGAUUUAGCUCCUAGUACUUUAAGUAAAAUAUUAAUAAAAUUCUACUGUGUAAGAGCCAACACAUGCCCAGCUGUGAGUGGGAGCUGUUCCUGGACAGUUUUCCACCCUCUGGGAAGUGAUGGGAUAGGAACUCAGGGUGCCCUACUUCCUCCCCAGACCUGAUCCCUUUCUUCCGACAGAACCCCAUCCAGGCAAAAAUCCGAGGGCCAAAUGGUUUUCUUCGCCAUCUUAAAACAAUAUACCUUUCCACAGGCCGGUCUGUUUCCCUGCCACUCUGAGUUAUCUUGAGAGCAGAAACCUCCACCUAUCAAAAGAGGGGACUCAUCUAGAAGGCCUCUAAGGUGCCUUUUGGCUCUGAGGGGUCUCUAAGAAUCCCUGCUUGGAAUUUAUUAUAUAAUAGCACCGCUGGGAAAUGAGGGCAUGUGAGUAAUAAUAUGCUGGCCAGCAGGUGGCGCUGCGUCCCACCCGUGGUGAUGGAUGGUUCAGAAAGGGGAAUGUUGGUGCCUUUUGUGCUGCAAGUUAAUGUUAAGAUGCUAAUGUUUUAAUCAAAAUAAGCACUGACCUUAAAUAUAAAGAUAUGAGGUUUUCUCACAGGAAAUUUUCUUUUUCAUAAAACGGGUGUCAGAAAUGACUGAAGAGCCAACAACGAUGGUCCUUCAAAGUCCAGACUUUAUCCUGAUUGGAAAUUAGAGACCAUUUCAAGUUAAGAGAGCAGAUUGGUUGAAAGCUUAACUUUUGUUCCCUCUUACUUCCUGCCAAAUUUUAUCGUAAUUUGAUUGUGAAAGAGUGAAUUUUCUGGACAGAAAAGGGGGAGAUAUCAAAUCGGUUAACAAAAAAAACAAGUUUAAUGUUCAUUGUAUCACAAAUCAGUGUUAAAACACUAAAAUUGUAACCAAAAUAAAUGUCUUACAUUACAAAGAAAUCA